GAUCCAAAUCUCCUUCUUUCGCUUCGAGUGCCACGAAGACAUCGCUCCGACGACGAGCAGGGAAGAAGCCAGUUGGAGAUCGCAGCGGGGGAGGCACCCGCCCUUGAAUCUUGAAUCUUGUUCCAGAAGGGGGGCAUUUGCAUGCUAAGUUAGGGUUGGGUGCAAUUCUAGUCUCUGGGGUGAUGGUUGGCAGCUUUGCUGAUGGCGCCAUGGGUGGGGUUUGGAGAGGGGUCGGGCUUCGUUGCUAAAAGACCUACUUUUCACUCUCCCGCCGUCUUCUCUUGUGUUCCGUGCCGGAGCAGGUUCGAAUGGUUGCUCUUGCAUAUUUGACUCAUUAAGUGAUGCCAGCAAUGUGAAAUCUUUAUUUGGGUAUUCUCUUUUGGCAGUUUGAGACACUUUGAGUGCGUUGCCUGCUUUGGAAAAAAAUCUCCUAUGGCAUUGUUUGGUCAAAAGUACUUUGGGUAUAUCUAUUAGCAUUUCUGAAGUGUCAUCUACUAACCACCACGGUAUGAGGAUUUCACUGGGUAAAAUGUACUUUGGGUAUAUCUAUUAGCAUUGCUGAUCGCCUCUGCUAGAAAAGAUACGGAUAAAAUGUCUGCUGUUCUUGUCAGAUCAUAUUUGUCAAGAUGUACUCAGCUUGUUUUGUUGUGUUCUUCCUUGGGCAAUUCUCCUUUGGCAAUUUGGUACUUCACUUUGUAGGAAAAAGAACUAUCAGCUUAUCUGGGCAAAUCUCCUUUGGCAUACGGUAAUUAACAGCUCUAUUGGGCAAUUCUCCUUUGGCAAUUUGGUACUUCACUUUGUCGGGAAAAGAGCUAUCAACUUAUCUGGGCAAAUCUCCUUUGGCAUACAGUAGUUAACAGCUCUGUUGGGCAAAUCCCCUUUAGCAUCUUAUAGUAAUUAACAGCUCUAUUGGGCAAAUCUCCUUUGGCAGUUUGUGGUAAAUAUCAACUCUGUUAGGCAAGUUUCUGUUUGCAGAUUGCAGAAAAUAUUAGCUCUUUGGGGCAAAUCUCCUUUGGCAAUUACAGAAUCAGAUAUUGUAGGCUCCUGCUUCUUUAUCUUGGUUUUUGGUCUUUACCAUCAUGUGCUGGAGCUUAUUCAUGUGGAUAGAAAAUAAGGUCUUUACUGUAGCAAUGGACUGCAGAACAUCAGGGAUUAACUUUAACAGAUCAACUUGCUGUCCUUAUCAUCUAUUUAGUUAAAACAAAAUUUAUUGAAGCUUUGUGAAGGUACUUGGAAGAUGGAUAUUGAUUUUGUUGACUCAGACAGUGAUGCCUACACUGAAACAAGUGACAGUGAGGACCAGGACUGCAGUGAAUUGGUAUUUGGUGAACAUGCUCAAAGCAUCUUGUCUAGCCUAGACGAGAGCAUUGGAAAAAUAGAUGACUUUCUUGCAUUUGAGAGAGGCUUUACAAUUGGUGAAAUUGUUUGCUCAGUAACUGAUCCCUCGGGACAGUUGGGACGGGUUGUAGAUGUUGAUAUAGUUGUGGAUUUGGAAACAAAUUCUGGUGCUCUCAUAAGAGAUAUAAACAGCAAGAAACUCCUUAGGCCGAGGUCUUUUGCAUAUGGAGACUUUGUAGUUUGUGGGCCAUGGCUUGGACGGGUUGAAAGAGUUUAUGAUGCUGUUACUAUUCUGUUGAAUGAUGGGACUAAGUAUGAGAUGGUGAUAACAGACUCAAAAGUUUUAACUCCUGUUUCUCCAGUCAUUGAAGAUUCAGCAUUUCCAUUCUAUCCAGGUCAGCGAGUGAACGCCAAUCUUCAGCCAAUGUCCCAGUCUAAAUCGUGGCUGUGUGGUUCACUCAAAGCAAAUCACAAUGAAGGUAUUGUCAGCAACGUAGAGGUAGGGGAAGUGCAUGUUAGUUGGAUUGCUUCAGUUCUGCGUCAGGACAUAGGUUCAGCAACUCCUAGCCGUAUUCAAAAUCCAAAGGCUCUUACUUUGUUAUCAUGUUUUCCUCAUGCUAAUUGGCAACUUGGUGAUUGGUGUAAACUUCCAGAAGAUCAUUGUGUUAAUCUGCUCAUGGCUACAGAAAAGCCAGAAUCUCUACCUUCUCCAAUUUGCUUAUCAAAGAUGCAGAAAGAAUUGGAUAUAGAAAGUCCACAAAUGUAUGUGAUUGCCAAGACCAAGAGCAAGGUCGAUAUUCUGUGGCAAAAUGGCAAAAAAUCAGUUGGAGUAGAUCCUCAGUCCCUGUCUCCAGUGAGCCACCUUGGUGAUCAUGAUUUUUGGCCGGAACAGUUUGUGCUCGAAAAGGUAACAUUGGAAGAUGUUCAUGUCCAAAGACCCCAACUGUUCGGAAUUGUGAAAAAUGUGGACACGAGCGAGCAGACUGUGGAAGUAAAAUGGAUACUCUCAGAAUUUAGCAAAAAUGUUGAUGUUAGUGGUGAGGUUAUGAGUGCUUAUGAACUUAUCGAGCACCCUGAUUUAUCCUUUUCCAUUGGUGAUGUUGUUCUCCAGCAAAAUCCUAGUUUUCACCAAGUGGAAGAAAAUAUGCUUGAUGCACAAAUGAGUGAUCAGAAAGAAAGAAACAAUUUGGUUGGUGCUGUGGACAGAUUAUCCUAUGAGAAAGAGAUUCUUGAGAAGCCAAUUGUUGAAUUUCAUAAUAUAGACGUUGAAGGUUAUUUAUCAUGCAUAGGAAAUGUUAUUGGUUUCAUGGAUGAACGCAUUGAAGUUAAAUGGGCCAAUGGUGUGAUUUCCAAGGUUAUAUAUUCUGAAAUAUCUGGACUUGAUAGACUUCUUCACCGUACUUCGACAUCGUCAACUAACAUGGAGUCUUUCACUUUACAUGCUGACAAUGAAAUGAAUGAUCAAGAGAAACUACCAUGGAGUAUAAAACAACAGGUCCAAACCCCAUUCUUUAAUAAACAUAAAAUUAUGAAGGAUACUAAUGGAAGUUGCAUGGAAGAUAUUUGGAAAGCUGCAUCGCUUUUAUCUCCGAGGACGGCUUUUGGCUUCCUCACACAUGUUGCUACUAGAUUAUUCAAAUCCCUUGUCUCGACUCUGCCUAGUUCAAAGGAUGCUUCCCAGUAUAACAAUUUGACAGAAGAAUUUCAGACUGAACCAGAUGAUAUAUGCCUUGGUGAUUUGAAAUGUCAAGUACAGGAGAUCGAACAAACUGAAGGACUGAUUUCCGUGCCCACCAAUGAUGAGCCUAGAAAAUUUAAACAAUUUGAUAUUGUGAAUGAUCACUCAGAUCAUCAUUUUGUGGCAGGCACUGGCAAUCAAUUGAUGCUGUCUCAGAUCAAGAAAGGUUGGUUUAAGAGAGUGCAACAAGAAUGGUGUGCCUUAAAAGUUGAUUUGCCAGAUUCGAUCUAUGUUAGAGUUUACGAGGAGCGAAUGGAUCUUCUGAGGGCAUCUAUUAUUGGCGCGCCUGGAACCCCCUACCAUGAUUCUCUAUUCUUCUUUGAUAUUUUUCUUCCUUCUGACUAUCCUUUUGAACCUCCAGUUGUACACUACAUCUCUGGGGGGCUUCGACUAAACCCGAACUUGUAUGAAUCAGGAAAGGUUUGUCUUAGUCUCCUCAAGACAUGGAUAGGAAGUGGUAGUGAAGUCUGGCAUCCUGAGAACUCCACUGUUCUUCAAGUGCUGCUAUCACUCCAGGCACUCGUUCUCAAUGAUAAGCCUUACUUCAAUGAGGCAGGAUUCGACGAACAGAUUGGAAGAGUUGAGGGUGAGAAGAACUCUGUUACGUACAACGAGAAUGCUUUCCUACAGUCAUGCAAGUCUAUGCUAUACAUCUUACGCAAGCCGCCUAAGCAUUUUGAAGCACUCGUGCAGGAACACUUCACUCGCAGAUCGUCUCAUAUUCUCAAUGCCUGCAAGGCAUAUUUGGAGGGUUCUCAAGUCGGGCAUGCGUACGAAUGUGGAGAAGAUACCAGCACCUGCUGCAAAAGCUCUUCCACCGGGUUUAAGAUCAUGCUCGCUAAGCUUUGUCCAAUGCUCGUGUCAGCAUUUACCGAAAGAGGGAUCAUUUGCGCCGAGUUUGUGUAGUAUAAUUACAAGUCGUCUCAUGCUGGUAAAGAUGAAGAAUUAGCGAGGUCCAAGUGAACAUAAAUGGUGUGCCGUAUGUUACCUUAAACUAUCUGCUUGUACAUGGUGUGUAAUGACUGCUAGAACUGCUGGUAUUUUAGGACAAUCCUAAACUGUAGUCGGUGUGUCUAUGGCUAUUAAAGAUUGUAAAUGACUGAUAUAUGCAAGUUGUGCCUUCUAUAGUUACCUUUCAGAUCACAGAAAAUUUGUCA